UUUUUGCAAAUAGUAAUGAUUAAAUAUUAUUUAAGGCGUGAGCUAAUGGAAAUCACAAGGAUUGAGAUUAACAUUUCAUCCACUUUGAGGCCAUUAUUGACGAUUAAACAUUAAGAGAUGCUUAUAGAGCAUUAUUGGAUUGACUAGAUGGGGAAAAAGUAGUGACUAGGAAAAAUCUAAAGGACACCGAAGCAUCCGCCAUGUUUUCCUCUAGAAAAAACCCUAUGUUUAACCUUGCCUGGAAUCCGCCCACUUUGAUGGUAGGCAAGUGGUCUGUCUGACUACUCAACAACACCAAGCGAGGGUUGAACUCAGUCGAAUGAGUCACUAGUUAUGUGGGAAGGGGUAGUAACUUUAUUUUAUAUAUAGAUAUAUCAUAUUGCAGUGUUCUUAUCAAACUGAGUGAAGACAAAACAAAGCCUCUCCUUCCACACCCGCUACAAAUCAAUCGCUGUGUUGUACAGUGUUGUUGUUCGUCUAUGAUUACUGUAACAGUUGCAACUGUAUUUUUGUGCAUCCAUUGUGUCCGUCUGUGCUGUGAAAUGUUUGUGACAUUCCUUCCACGGCAACAUCUGUACUGUACCGUACUUGAAGUUGAAUUUAGACGUCAGGUAUCUUUUGCUUGUAUUUCUGUGUGUGUGUUAAUUUUUUAUUUGAGUACAUUAUUGAGGUUACUGUUUACGAUAUGUAUUACCGAUAGAACAGAGUCAUAGGUAACGUGAUUGUUUACCCUUAACCACGCGGCGGCUACUACCCGUCGCACUUGUGAGUCAGUGUCUGUGCUCUGCCUUUACCCCUGAUGCUGCCGCCACCCAAGUUGCUGGCGCCCGCCUGCGCACCGAAUUGCGCGGGUUGUUUCGACCGUUGGUCGCAGAACUUCGGCCAGGUGGAAGCCUCUACGGCGUGGAAGCUUCUAUCCCCAGGAAGACGCCCUCCAACUGGGUAUAUAAACCCCGGCUGCGAGCUGGAAGAAGGAGAGCACGACCCACUGCCUCAUCGCUGAGCUGCAGGUUGUUACUAGUGGCCGAGGCGUGAAGCUGUUGCCCCGUGCCACGCGGGUACCGCCUGCUGCAGAGGCGGUCCUUGCAGUCAGGCCUGUUGUUACUGUCGUCGCGAGGUGACAACUGUUAUCUUCGCAAGAGCAUUCACAUUCUUUCUAUAUUUGUGUUAGUCAUAUUUUUCAAUUUCUUUCAAGGUUUCCUUUAAGGAACAGCGAUUUUCACGAUGCCUAUUUUAACAGCAUUGACUUUUGGUGCAGUUCCUUUCUUUAAUGGCUGGGCAAUAACUAAUUUGUGGUAUGAUGAAGGAAAAAUGAAAGCGAAAACGUGUUCAGAUACUCCUACGAUCGGCGGGAGCAGGAACCACACGCGGCGUAGCGCAGAUGGCGACCUGCCCCCGCUGCCGUUCGAGCCGCACGACCACCCCAACUGGCAGCUGUUCGAGCACGAGCAGUGCGGCGCCGUAGCGACGGACAGGACCGCCUAUGGGGAUGAGGUGGCCUUGGGGGACUUCAGCUGGGUUGCCAGGAUAGGCUACAUAAGUGACGAGGAGAACAUUCCCAAGUUCGGAUGUGGAGCAGUUCUUGUGAGCAAGUACUAUCUUGUCACGGCAGCACAUUGCGUCAUCAACCUCCCCAACAAGCUGAAAAUAGGCGUGGUGCGGCUGGGCGAGAACGACUCCAGCACGGACCCCGACUGCCAGGGAGGCUUCUGCAGCGACCCGGUGAUGGACUACCGGGUCGCCGAGGUCGUGGCGCACCCCGCGUACGGCCGCUACAAGAACGACAUAGCGCUCAUCCGCACUGACCGCGAGGUCGAGUUCACAAAAUGGAUUAAACCGAUAUGCGUAAUCGCUGGACCGCUGAUGAACAAGAGCUUUAUCGGAGACCAUCCUGACGUAGCGGGAUGGGGAGUGUACGGCCUUGACAAACCGGAGCGGAGCGUGCGCAUGCAGAAGGCACGGCUGCAGGUGGUGGAGAGCGGGCAGUGCGAGCCCACGUACCGGCGGCUCGUCCGACUCGACGACACGCAGAUGUGCGCGGGCGGCACCGUCUGCGUGGGCGACUCCGGGGGACCGCUCAUGCUGCUCGACGGCAGCCGCUACUUCCUCGUGGGCGUGCAGUCACUGAGCUCCAGUCGCUGCGGCUCCUCCGGCAAGCCCGGCGUCUACACGCGCGCCUCGGCCUUCAUGCAGUGGAUCAUGGAGCACAUGCACCCGUGACACCUCCUCCAGCUCGCAGCAUGGCCAUGCCAUUUGUUGGGGUCCUCUCCUUCAUCGAAUGCAAACUUUCAAUAAUAAAGAAUAACACAUUCUUCACAAUCUCUAAAUUAUGUAUUCAAUAUAAUGUAUUUACAUUAUUAUAGUCACUUAUAAUUGUUUUUAUAAACCUUGCAAUUUUUAGCACUUGAAUGUUCGCAAACUAACCAUUCUUUCGAGAAGUAUUUGAUUAAAAUGCUUUCAAGAGGUGUGUUAAUGUUUAUUGAAAUGAAUUUACAUUUUUGUUUUCCACAAGUCUAAUAAAUUUUAAUUCUGAAAAUUUUUAAAA